AUGCCGGCCCGGCGCCGGCGGACAGGUGCGCUCGUUAUACGGCAGCCUGCGGGGGCGCCGCCCAGAGCCGCCCACCGCCCCCCACCGCCGCCCACCGCCGCGGACCGGCCCCUAAUUGUCCUCGCCGCCGCCCACGCCCCUCGUUACGCUCGCGCCGAUGCCGCUGCCUCCGCCCAGAGCUCGUUGUUAUUGCACAAGUUCCUCGGCGUGCUACCAGGCCCUUCAUUUCCUGCUGCACCACGGUCCGCACCUGAUGGAGAACCCGUGUCGCCGCGCCAAACUCGCGCCGCUGAUUGGGUUGCGCGGUCGACGCCAUCCGCCGCCGCUGCCGCCGCCGCCGCCGCCGCCGCCGCCCGCACCCCUCCACCGCGCCCUUGA